AAUGCUUUCGCGCGCGGCCAUCCCUUGCCCCCAGCGGGCCGGCCGAUCGGGCUGCGCACUUUGCCCGCUGCCAGGCAGCGCGGUGGAAGAAGGCGCCUGCGGACGGCGGGAAGGGCGGGGAGCUGAUGGCGGGGCCCGUGGUUUUGCUUUUGUAGCGGAAGGAUGGCGGGGCCGUGCGCCGAACGAGAGCGAGGCGGCCCCCUCCAGUGUGCGAGCAAGUAGCAGCAUGGGCUCGAGCCGGCUGCUAUUGCAGGACGCGCGUGGGGCCGGCUGCUACUGCGGAGCUCAACCCCAGAAGGCCCGCCAAACAGUGUUCCUGUCCCGUCCGAUAUUUACGCCCCCGCGUGCGAAUUUAAUGGAAACGUGGACGAAACAGCAUUUGUAGCGAGGCAACAACGGUGGCGGGGGCGGCGGUGGGGAUGGUGGGCCAUACGGGGGCGGUUAUGGUCCCGCGCCGCCUGCUUCCUUUUCCUGCAUUCUCCUGGCGGCGCAGGCAGCUGGCGCCGGCGGCGGUGCCUCUGGUGGGGCGGCGCCUAAAGAUGUAGCCGCGGCGGGGACGCCGGGGCGCCCGCGGUGUUGGGAAUGCGGUCACCAAGCGCCCCCCCCGGGUGGCCCUUAUAUUGUUGGCCCGGCGUCGCGAAGCGUGUGCCGUGAUGGACCUGCCUGGGCAUUUUCCGCCGCGCUGAUGCGGUUUUGCUCGGUCUCGUGAUUAUAGCAGCAGACCUGGUGGCAGCAGGCGCGGCCAACUUCGUCGCCGAUGCGGUGCCGCGCGUACGUUGUUGCGUCGCUUCUUUGAAUUGAAAGUUAU